AUCCAUGAUUGUCUGCUUCUCUUUUCUCCACCCCAGGUCCUUCGCUUCUACGCCAUAUGGGAUGACACAAACCACCCCUUUGGUGACCAGCAUCGUUGCAUCAUCCAUUACUUCUUGGCAGAUGACACAGUGGAAGUUCGGGAAGUGUACAGUAGAAAUGAUGGGAGAGACCCAUUCCCAGUCCUGAUGAAACGCCAGCGCUUGCCCAAAACCCUCGCGGAAAAGAAAAUGGGCUUCCCAAGCUGUGUGCUGGAGAUCACUAAUGAGGAGGUACUUGAGUGGUACUCACCCAUGGAUUUUGCUAUUGGCAAAACCAUCACCCUCCUUGGACGCACCUUCUUAAUCUAUGAUUGUGACAAGUUCACACAAAACUUCUAUCGGGAAAAAUUUGGCAUCACAGACUUCCAGCCACUGCCAAUCAGUGAGAAACCACUCGAAAAAGUUCCACAGGUAAUUCCUCCCCAUAAUGGUUUUGGCAUGCCUGAAGACUCUCUCCAGAACUGCCUCCGCCUGAUUCCAAAGCGUCCACAGAAAGAUGUUAUUAAGAUGCUGGAGAAUGAUCUCAAGGUCCUGCGGUACCAGGCGGCCCUGGAAUCACCAGUCCCUGAGGACAGAAAUCGUCGUUUCAUCCUCUCUUAUUUCCUCUCUGAUGACACCAUCAGCAUCUAUGAACCCCCAAUCCGAAACUCUGGCAUCCCUGGAGGCAAAUACUUAAAAAGGACCAGAGUUGCCAAGCCAGGGUCUACUCCAGAGGAUCCCAUAUACUUUCAGCCCUCUGACUUCACCAUUGGCUCUACAAUUGAAGUGUUCGGCCACAGGUUUGUUAUCACCGAUGCUGACGAAUAUGUGCUUAAUUACUUGGAAAGAAACGCAGAGAGUUUCCCUGCAACAACAUUGCAGUCCCUGAGGGAUCAUUUUCGCCCACGGAAGGCAGUAAAGGACACUGUCAACAAUGACAUCCCCAAGCAGGCCCUGGAUGACUUAAUUGAGGAGGUUCAGAAAGAGCUGAAGCUCCGUCACAGCUACUUGAACACCAGGAGGUUUCAUGAGGCUUUUCAUCAGUGUGACAAGGAAGGCUCUGGAAUCGUGGACAAAGGAAUAUUUUUGGACCUUUGUGAUAGGUUGGAAGUGCCAACCAGCACCAUUCUUCUUAAAAAGCUCAUUGACUAUUGUUCCCUUGGAGAAGACUAUGUAAACUACCGUGACUUCCUUCGAGCCUUCCCUAGUAAUCUUUUCCCAGAACCUGAAGCACAAGAUGAGCAGUUAAAUACUCAGGUGACUUGAAGACCUUGUGCUUCAAAAACGAUGUUCCAGUCUUCACCUUUGCUUCACUGUCCCCCUUUCCAUAGAACCAGUUAAUUCCACCCUUAUUUUGUUAACUUUUUUCUUCCCUAACCUCUCCCUGCCCUUUUGGCCACCACCAAACUCAACUUCACAACUGCUGGAUGUUGAAACGAAACUCAUAGAAGAAAAUUUCUGAGAACCAAAGUUGGGUUCUCUGUUAUCUCUCAACUUUUUAGUAAAGUAUUUUAGAGAGCUAAAGCUCUCCGAAGCCUGGAGUGAAAACCACUCUAGUUUUCUCUCGGAGUCAAAAGGGCCUUUCACCCUCAAAUAGUGAAGACUGCCAGUUUACAUUGGUUUAAAAUUGCAAUAAAAAUGCAGUUGCUAUAA